AUAGCAGUCAUUAAUAAGCUCUGAGAGCGAAUAGAAGUACAUACAUUUUAAUUUUGAAAUUUUAAUUAAAGAAACUUAAAUAUGACGGGAGAAACAAACGGCACACCUGGACCCGUACCAAAAUGGAUCGAAGCUAAACUAUUUGAAAAUAUCUUACAACAAAAUAUUGAAAAUUUUAAAAAUAUUAAAGAGUUUAUAGUUAAACCUGGUGCGGCAGCAGGAGAAAAUUAUGCCACAGUUAUGUUAAAAGUGGAAAUAGAAGUUGAAUUGAAAGAUUUAUCAACAAAAUCUCUAAGCUUUAUGCUAAAAGUCAAUCAUGACAAUGAACAAAUACGUGAAAUGAUGAAAGGUCAUGAUAUAUUCGAUAUUGAAAAGUGCAUGUAUGAUGAUAUAGUGCCCGCAUUUGAAAAACUUUAUGCUGAUGUAGGGGUAAAAGUAAAUUUUGGCGCUAAAUCUUAUAACUUACCCACCAAACAACAAUAUAUUCUAUUGGAAAAUUUAUGUCCACGAGGUUUCAAAAAUGCCAAUCGUCUGGAGGGUCUGAAUAUGGAACAUACAAAGUGUGUUUUGAAAAAAUUAGCUCAAUGGCACGCUGCUUCUGCAGUUCUGGUUGAAAAGAGAGGUCCAUACGAGAAGAAAUAUUUAGAGGGUUAUUUUCAAGAAGAAACCAAAGAACUCAUGAAGACUAUGUUUGAGGGUAUGGGCCAUAUAUUUAUUGACUGUGCUAAGAACUACAGCAACUAUAAUGAGUAUGCAGAAGAUCUAAAUGCUAGCAACACUGAAAUGAUUGAUGAAUUUUAUAAGGCCGCCAAACACAAUCCAAAGGAAUUUAAUGUUCUAAAUCAUGGUGAUUGUUGGUCAAAUAAUGUUAUGUUCCAGUACGAUGCUUUCGGUAAAAUCAAAGAAACCUAUUUAAUUGAUUUUCAAAUGGCAAAAUAUGGUUCUCCCGCUCAAGACCUAUUCUAUUUUUUGUUAUCUUCAACCCAAUAUGAACUCAAGAUAAACAAAUUUGAUUAUUUUAUCAAAUUCUAUCAUGAUAAUCUGGUGGAAAAUCUUAAAUUGUUAAAAUAUUCGCAACGUAUUCCCUCCUUAACGGAAAUACACUCAAUGUUAUAUAAAUAUGGUAUAUGGGGUUAUUCAACGGUAACUGGUGUUAUGGGUGCUGUACUUUUAGAUCCUACUGAUAAUGCUAAUUUAGAGAAUUUUCUUGGCGAUUCAGAUGCAGGUUUAGCAUUUAAGAAAUUAAUGUAUUCCAAUGAUCGUUAUCGCAAACAUGCCGAAGCACUAUUGCCUUGGUUGAAAAAUCGUGGAGCUAUGUGCUUUAGUUCUUAAUAUAGGCAUUUAGGAAUUUGAAUUUUAACAAAUCUUUAAAUGUACCCUAAUACUUUUAAAGUAAUUUCUAAAUGAUCAUAAUGUUAAGCAUACCAAAAUAGAUGUUAAGUUUAAUAUUAUUUAAUUUGACGUUUGCAUUUUUAUUGUUAAACGAUAAAUAUAAUUGUUAUUAUAAGUUUUGUUA